UCUGCUGUCCUUCGUUCUUUUGAUUGUUUUGGUUAGUCCGUCCAGUUGUAAAGACGGUUAUUGAUUGGCAGUGAGUUGUGUAAGGGCGGACUAACCUCCUUAGUUUUUUUUUAUUUGUUUGUGUCACUUCCCUUUAUAUUACAGGCCAUGCAUAGCGCUGCUUCCCAGCUGUGCUGAGACCCGAAUUGUUUGCAGUGCGUGCCGCAGGUGAAUCUGUUGCAGUGUCGCUAAACGGGAUGUAACGGUUUGCAGCGUUGUGUAAUUUGCACACCGUUUGUGUGGUAAGUCUCAUGUGCAGCUGGGAUAUCAGCAGGAUGUUGUAAGUCCUGUCUGGAAAUAACUGGGACUUUGUAUGUUUAACUAAUGUAAUAAAUAAAUUAUCAAUUUAUUUCUGUGCCCCGUUUACUCCUCCCUUGUCCUCGGUUACAAUUACAACAUUAAAAGAUUCAGAGAGUCUGAAGAACAAUAUUAAUGUUGGUGAUCCACAGGGUGGAGUUUUACAUGUCUGCGGCUAUAUGAUUGGCUGUUUAAUGUAUUUAAGCUGAUGGACAUUUACAGCUGUAACUCUGAUGAGCUGCAUCACAAAUAUCUGAUUAUUUGACUUUUGUUUGGACGUGAACUUUAUUUACAGAUGAAUCUGUUCAUACGGGAGCAGAAAUAAUAUCCAAACUAAAACUGUACGAUAGAUCUUAUGUGCUGUUCUGGCGGAACUUUAAUUUGCGACACUAGACGGAAGUGAACAAGGAAAAAGCGGAAGUAGUGUUAGCUGUCUGUGUGACUGAGCUGGAGGUCGGUUAUGUUGUUGUGAGCUGCGGCAGCAACGAUGCCUUCAGUUCAGUAUCUGAGAGAGUUCAUCAACGAGCGACUAACUGCUGCUGCUGAACAAAUAUUCUUGGAGUUUGAAAAAACGAUCGUCCAGUACGAGGAAGAGAUCGACCGUCAGCGCAGACUGCUGGAUAUCACCUGGAAACCCCAAAUCAAGCUGCACAGGACAGAUGUCCCACAGCAGCCUGUCUUUAAAGAGGAGGAGGAGGAGGUUCUCCCUGAGCAGCAGCUCUUGAACCAGGAGAGGAGCUCCAGUGUGGACCAGGAGGAACCAGAACCUCCACAGAUUAAAGAGGAACAGGAGGAACUGUGCAGCAGUCAGGAGGAGACUGAUACCUCUAUGGUGACUGCUGUUUAUGAGGAAAGUGAGCAAAAUGAACCAGAAUCAAACGGCAAUCAUCUCCUCUCUCAUAGCUCUGCUGUUGCUGAGAGCCAAAAUCAGGAAGGAAGCAUGGAUGUAGAUUCAGGGUCAAAUACAAAUAGAACCAAAAGUCACAACUAUGCAGUAGAUUCCCCUACGUCGAAGAAUCAGUGUAACUCUGACAAAUGUAAAAAGUCUUUAGAAUGUGAGAUUUGUGGAAAAGUUUUUAAGCAGAAUUAUGAAAUGGAAAGACAUUACACAGUUCACACAGGUGAGAAACCGUAUUUUUGCAAAACUUGUGGGAAAGGUUUUACUCAGAGGGGUGCUUUGACUUACCACAUGAGAAUUCACACAGGUGAGAAACCAUAUUCUUGUAAAACAUGUGGAAAAAUGUUUGCAUACAGUAGCGAUUCACUGAAGCACAGGCAAAUUCACACAGGUGAGAAACCAUAUCCUUGUAAAACUUGUUUGAAAAUGUUUGCCUGUAGCAGUUCUUUAUCUAUCCACAUGAGGACUCACACAGGCGAGAAACCUUAUCAUUGUAAAACAUGUGGUAAAAUGUUUGCAUCUAGAAAUUAUUUGUUAAAGCACACGAGAACUCAUACAGGUGAGAAACCUUAUCUGUGUAACAGCUGUGGGAAAAUGUUUGCAUGUAAUAGUUCAUUAUUGAAGCACAUGAGAACUCACACAGGUGAGAAACCUUAUACUUGUAAAACAUGCGGGAAAAUGUUCAGAUGUAGUAGUCAUUUAUUGGUGCAUAUAAGAACUCACACAGGCGAGAGGCCGUAUCAUUGUAAAACUUGUGGGAAGAUGUUCAUAUCUAGUAGUCAUUUGUUGCGCCACAUGAAAACUCACACGGGCCAGAAGUUGUAGUCUUUGUACAGAAAAAAUAUUAUCAUGGAAGCCAAGCUUGAAAAAAAAAAACACUUGAAAAUGUGUUGGUUUGUUACAUGUGAGAUAGGUUUGACCUUUUCCUGAACUUUCAGACGUAACAUUGUUGAAGUUCAGAUUUUUGCUUUUUGAAUUUUUUGUUUUUCUUUUACUUGCCGCAUAUUUGAUAGCUGACAAUUUCUGUUUUGUGGAAUUAAAAGUUUAUAUUGUGUGAAAAUUAUAUAAAAUAAUAUAUAGGAGCUAUUUUUUGUGUGCGCAUCAAUUAAUUUUCUUCUGCUCUCCAACCCCACCAGAAGCUUGGCUUACCUGACUUGUCUUGCAGGUGAAACAUGUUCUCGACUCAGU